UGCAUGUAUGUUCAGCGAGCUGCGGAGGAAGAGUCUGAGUAGAAUUCUGCAGCUCCGAAUCAAGAGCGGAAAAAUGUCGACCGCAGUGACGAUGCACCAGGCCGUCGGUGAGGCUGCACUCAUGUCCUCAUCGUCCUCGUUCUGCCGAGGAUCUGCACUGUCCGGACAGAUCCAAUCUCAGACCAUGCACAGCGCGGCGAAACCGGGAGCCUCCCUCGUCAAGGGCGUAGCUGCAAUUCGAUGCUCUUCCUUUUCCUCGGCUGAUGAGCACUCUGUCGACCGGAGGUCUCCCCUCGUCAACUUCUCUUCUUCCACCCGGAGGAACCCGCUCAUGGACGCCGGUUUGAAAACUACUUUCUCAUACAAGAAGGAGAAGAUCUGCGCCACCAACGGCGCUACAGAAGCUAGCUUGCCGAAUUUCGCUGGAUCUCUGUCGCAUGGCUAUGAUGUGUCGGAACCCACGAAGGUUGCCGCUGACAACAUUGAGGAAACGUCCGAGUCCUCUGUUCUCCAGAGGCUGAAACAGGGAUUUGUUAAAUUCAAAGAAGAGCGAUUCCUAAAGGAAUCCGAACUAUUUACGCAACUCGCAGGGGGACAGUCACCCAAGGUGAUGGUCAUUGCCUGUGCCGAUUCUCGAGUGUGUCCGACCAUGCUCAUGGGACUGAACCCUGGAGAGGUGUUUACUGUACGGAAUGUUGCUAACUUGGUUCCACCAUGCGAGAAGGAACUGGGUAACAAUCACGGAACUAGCGCAGCCCUUGAGUUCGCGGUGAACUAUUUGCUGGUUGAGCACAUUAUUGUCAUCGGACACAGGAACUGUGGAGGAAUAAAGGCCCUUAUGUCGCGGAAGCCGGAGGAGUUUGAAAGUGACUUCAUCGGUAGCUGGAUGACUUGUGGUAUACCUGCGAGGGAACAUACCUUAGUCAACAUGGCUGGAAAGACAUUCAGCGACCAGUGCAAAUAUUGCGAGCAGGAAGCGGUCAAUGUGUCACUUGCCAACCUUCUCACAUUCCCAUGGAUCAAAGAAAAAUUCGAAGCGGGAAAACUUGGGAUUCACGGUUGGUACUAUGACUUUGUUGAGGGAGAGCUGACGAGCUGGGAAGUGCAGAGACCAGUCAUGGCAGGUGCGACGGCAUAGAUUUGCGUUUAUGUUGUAGUAGUCGAGGAUUGAGUGUACGAGAUGCUCAUUUCUCGUGAGCAAACGUAGAAGUGACUAUGGUUCCUUAUGUAGACAAAUGUAGCCCGAGAUUCGGUAAACACGAUUCUGAUCGAGAUUGACGCAAAGGCAGUCUUUUUCCUCAGAAUCGUGAUGUAUUCUGCUAGUGUGCAGUGUAGAUUGUGGCGUAGGGUAUAACAUACGCCACACCAAUCAACCCACCACGUUGUACACUAAAAUCGUGUGUGUGGGAAAUCUGUACCACUAUCUCCCAGUUGAGAAAAUCUAUCUCAUUUCCCCUGAUGUAUGUGUAUCAUCGUUGAGCAUCACUCGAAGGAGAGAUGUUUCAGAAUUAUUGAAGAGAAGGAAAGACAUUUAGAUGUG